CCUCUCUCAAAUAUCCUCUUUCCAUGCCAGCGCAGACAGGGAUUUUCAAUCCUUGUUUACUGUUCAGAACAUGGUCAGGAUGCUUUCCGACUACGUAUGUCUUCAGAUGCUAAAGCUGCAGGGAGACGACAUCGUGGACUCUGGCGUUCUGUUGACCUCGAUCUACACCAAAACCGUGAUUUUUGUGGACGAACAUACCUUGACAUCGCCCCGGUGAAUUCACGCAAGACGACCUGAGGUAGGGCAUGGCUGGGCCUCUUCCCACUUCUUCAUAGCGAUCGGUCAAUUCUGCAAUGGUUAUUGGUUUCCCUUGCCACGUCUUUGUUCCUUGGUCGGAUGCAAGGUAAGGAGAUGAUGCUCUACUGACCUCGGGGUUCUUUUUGAGACAUUUGGGCACAGUUUCCUUACAUCCAGCGUUCGCUUUGAUCCCCUGGAUCCAAUACUUCAUUGAAUCCUCUCCUUAUCUUGAUAGCAACCCUUCUUUUGCCCACUAUUCAUGCUUACCUGCCGUUGCAUCAUAUGACAUAUAACAUCUCAACUGGGAGGCCGAAACAACAAAAAUUCUACAACAAAGUACAUGAUCCUGACUUGGGACAAGUUCGCAACUUCCAACGACCUCAAAUUCCGAAUGAAGACACCCCUCUCCUGCCUCUACCUCGAAUCAUCCUCACGAGAGAUCAAUCGUUGUUUCCCAAGGAACUUCUAGAGACACUCGCUUCAAAAGAGCCGUUCAUACUUCUUUCCAUCAUCCCAUCCCGGAUUAUCUGGAGCAUCAUGCAGAUGUCUUGGACCAUGAAUCACACUUUCACUUGUGUGACCAUCAACCUCGACGUGAUCACGACUUCCCACCAUUCAUACUGACGCCGGCCUUCACUGAAUCAGCGCCUGUUCGCAGGCAUCUGACACCAUUCAGCAAGCUGAGCCUAAGUCAAUCUGCACACUCCAAAGACAUCGUCGUUGUGAACGUCGAGAAACUUUGACCCGCAGCAAGGGAAUUCUACUACCGCAGCGAUGGUGUCGCCGUACUUCGACAACAAAUCAACUCCAUCGAGGUUCAUCACUAAAUGCCAGCAUUCUCGCCAAAACCAAGGCUACACCUCAACCUGGGACAGACCGACCACUUCCACGAGACACAACACUUUUGGGUUCGAGGCAAGGUGAUCACCACGGAAUAACCCUUGAUAUCUCCACGACUCCUACUCGGUCAUCUUCCCAAACAUGCUCUUUGAAAAGUCAAUCCGCUUAGGAAAUGGACAAUUUACCUUCCUUGCUUCCUUCACAAUUACACUACAUCCCCACAGUCAACAAACACGAGUGAAAGGCAUCACUCAUUUAGAUCGAAUCGAGUCGGAUCGAACACCGUCGAAAAGGCAAGCAGUCUGGAAAGACAGGUCCAGAAGCGCGGGAUCGCAUUCAAAGGCCUAGGCAUGAGCUAGAAUCUGGUCCCCUCGAAGUCGAAGUCGAAGUCGAAG